AUGCAGCUCACUACUACUCUUGCUCUUCUUGUUGCUGGUGCGACCGCCUCCCCUCUCCUCGGACUCAAGCUUGGCGGCCUCGGCAUCAAUGUUGCUUCCUCGAGCGCUCUUCUGGCUGUGAACUUGGGUGGAGCUAAGCCUUCUUCCGUCAUGGCAUCCACUGCCUCCAUCACCGCAGUGCCAACCGUCGUUGCGAAUGCCAACCCGACCAUGCCCUCGACCUUCUCUGCCCCAGUCCAGGGCUCCGGUAUCCUCACUCUCGACAACCUGCCUGCUAUGCCACCUGUCAUCGACAAGACUCUUGCCGGUGUUCUCGGCUCUGUCCUUGGUCUUUCGUCCGGAAUUUGCAGCCUCGACUUCAAGUGCACCAUUACCGUCGCUGGAUCCAUUCAGUCCCUGCUUGUCGAUGGUGACAAGUACACGACGAACAGCACUAUCUCCGCUUGGUGCGAUCAGGGCCGCUGCUACGGCUCUGUCGAUAUGCCUCUUACGGCUACGGCUCCCUUCGUCAUCACUUGCGACCAGCUCACUGGCACCAAGGCGUGCUCGGCCACCAUUUCAGGUGCUGCCACUGCUAUCUUCACCAACGGUCGGCAACUUGAACUCUGGGGAUGGAUCACACCUGCUGGUUACUGCAAGGACGGUGUUUGCGUUGCUUCCAUCAGCGCUAUCAGUGACCCAAUGUACUAA